GGGUUUAAACGCUACAAGUUAGAAUUCAAAGACAGCAAUAGAGUGUUCUGGACAGCGGGACACGCCGAGGUCAAGAUCAUUUCUUUGUGCGUCAUGAGCCAGGCCCUGCAGCUUUUCGAAUCAUUGGCCUCACACCCCAUCUUAAUCCUGGUUCUCACUAUGGAAGUGUCCAUCUUCUCUUUCUUCAUAUUGCUUUACACCUUUGCCAUCGAUAGAUACAUGCCCUUCAUCUUCUGGCCUAUUGCUGAAAUCUUCAACGACCUGUUCGCCAGCCUAUUCCUCACCGGCAGUGUGGUCUUUGCUAUCAAGGCUAGACGCACAUUGCCAAAGCCCUACUUAAUCGCUGUGAUCCUUACAGGAAUAGCUGCAUUUCUUCCCCUAGUCGACAUAUAUUUUCAAAGAGUACACUUCAGAAACGUGAGGCUCCGAAAGCGCAGAUAG